AUGUCCGUGGCCCUCGACGGGCCGCCGGCGGCGGGGAGCGAGAGGCCGGAGCGCCGGGGCCCGGACCCCGAGCCGGAGCCGGAGCCGGAGCCGGAGCCGGAGCCGGCGCGGCGGUGCCCGGAGCACGGGCUGGAGCUCCGCUGGUUCUGCGGCACGGAGCGGCGGCUCGUCUGCUCCGGCUGCACCGGCCUGGGCGGCCGCUGCCGGGGCCACCGCGUCCGCGCGGCGCGGGAGCGGGCGGAGCAGCUGCGGAACAAGAUCGUGGAUCAAUGUGAGAAACUGCAGCUGCAGAGUGCGAGCAUCACCAAGUACAUGGCCGACGUCCUGCCGGGAAAGAAGCAGAGUGCAGCGAGCUCAGCUAGCGGGGCCCGGGAGGUGGUGAUCCAGCGGCUGACCUUGCUGCGCAGCGUGUGCGAGAGUGAGGAGCAGCGGUUGCUGGAGCAGGUGCACGCCGAGGAGGAGCGAGCCCACCAGAGCAUCCUGACACAGCGGGCCCACUGGAGCGAGUCCUUGCAGAAGCUGGAGGCCCUGCGGACCAGCCUGGUGGGGCUGCUUACCCACCUGGACGACUUCAGCCUUGUCCAGGCGGAACGGGAGAUUUUUGAGAGGUCGGAAGAAGCAGAGGGAAUCUUGGUCCCACAGGAGUCUGAGAAGUUAAAUUUUAAUCAGAAAUGUGUUCAGAGCCCAGUACUCAGCCAGCUAUGGGCAUCCGCUGUCCUCUUCUGCCUGCCAGGCACCGAGGAUGUCCAUGUGGAUGAGAAGACCAUCAGCCCCUUCCUGACCCUGUCAGAGGACAGGCGGACCCUGACUUUUAACCCCAAGAAGACGAAGGUCUACCCAGACGGGCCCGAGCGGUUUGACCACUGGCCUAAUGCCCUGGCCUCCAGCUCCUACCAAAGUGGGCUCCACGCCUGGCUGGUGAGUGUGGGACAGAGCUGUGCCUACAAGGUGGGUGUGUCCUCGGGCCUCCUGCCCCGCAAGGGCUCUGGCAACGACACCCGUCUGGGCCACAAUGCCUUCUCCUGGGUCUUCUCCCGCUAUGACAAGGAGUUCCGCUUCUCACAUGAUGGCCAGCACAAGCCCCUGGAGCUGCUUCAGUGCCCAGCUCGGGUUGGGGUGCUGCUGGACCUGGCGGCGGGGGAGCUGCUGUUCUAUGAGCCCGGCUCCUGUGCCAUCCUGCACUCCCACCGAGCCCCCUUGGCUGGACCCCUCUUCCCUGUCUUCGCCGUGGCUGACCAGAGCAUUUCAAUAGUCCACUGAAUGGGCAACGGCAACACUUCUACUGAUUCUUUCCCUUUUCUCUCUUUCUCCCUCCCUCCAGACCCCAGUGCCUGACUGGUCUGGUGCUGCCUAGCCCUCUCCCACCCUGGGUUUUCUGUGGAAAUUUGGCCUGUGGGAUCCAACCCCAGGUUGGUUACUACUAGGGCUGGAAGGUGUGGGUCACUGAGCAGAUGCCAAAGCUGCCAUCUCAGCUCCACCUCGCCACUGUUGGGGGGCCAAGGGGAGGUUGCUGCUCCCUUCUGGGCUUCAAAUUUCACCCGCAUAAAAUGGAGAGAAGGCUUGACCCUUCCCCAGAAUGGUACAGUAACCUUGAGACUUGCUCCUUGAAUAGUGAGUCCCACACUUCCCUGCUUGGUCUUGCUAUUGAGUGGGCCUCCCUGCAGCCAGAUCCUCCCCUUCCUGACGAUCGGCUUCCUGGUAACAAGCUGCCAGGUGGUGCCCCCUUCUAAUUAGUGUCCCUUUCGCUUUGGGAGCCAGGAUUAAUCUCGAUAGAUUCCUACCCAGCACCAGGCUUUGGGUGAUUGUUGGUCAUACCCUCAGCUACAGCUAGGGGCUGGCAUUGGGCCUGCCUGCUUGAUCCACCUCCUCCUGGAUUCCCUGGGCAUUACCUGUUCCCUCUCCUUUGCCAAUGUCAUGGACUUCCUGCAGGUCCCGCACCUGGAGGGGAAGCUCUUGUGCACUCGUGCACGCGCGCUCUCUCUCUCUCCCUCUCCCUCUCUCCCUUUCCCUGGCCACACUAUACUCCUUUCAUAGCAUAUUCAUCUCUCCACUUCCGAUUCUGCUUCCUGCCCAAAUCAACCGGCCAACCACAUCCGGCUUCUAGGGCCUGCCAGGGCCAGUGUGAAGGACCGCUCUUGAGAACGGGAUGUGGAAUGCAGACAAGAAACACAACCAUCGUGGCGGCUACUUGCCUCAGUUUUCUCCAGACCCUGCUCUAAGCUCAACCUCUGUCAGGGCCUCCCGGCCCCCCCGCCUCUCCAGAGCCGACUCCACAUCUGCACUCUAGCUUCUUGCAACUGUUGCUGUGGGGGUGCCAGUUGCUUCUACCUCGUUUGCUCUACGAGUAGCUGUUCUGAUCUCCCAGCGAGUCACUGUGAACUUGGCUUCCCAAGCACAGCCAGGAAGGAGAGCAGGGAACUUUGGAAGGGAGAGGGACUGGGGCUGGUUGUACUGGAGAGAGGACAGUUGGGUGGUUCCUAUGGAAAGUGGCUGUGGAGAGUUGCUAAAUUAUUAAAUACUUGGAAAGAA